AUGCCCGGGAUCGUGGUGUUCCGGCGGCGCUGGUCUGUGGGCAGUGAUGACCUCGUCCUGCCGGCCAUCUUCCUCUUCCUCCUGCACACCACCUGGUUUGUGAUCCUGUCUGUGGUGCUCUUCGGCCUGGUCUACAACCCCAACGAGGCCUGCUCCCUGAACCUGGUGGACCACGGCCGCGGCUACCUAGGCAUCCUCCUGAGCUGCAUGAUCGCCGAGAUGGCCAUCAUCUGGCUGAGCAUGCGCGGGGGCAUCCUCUACACAGAGCCCCGCGAAUCCAUGCAGUACGUGCUCUACGUGCGCCUGGCCAUCCUGGUGAUCGAGUUCAUCUAUGCCAUCGUGGGCAUCGUCUGGCUCACUCAGUACUACACCUCCUGCAACGACCUCACUGCCAAGAACGUCACCCUCGGGAUGGUCGUCUGCAACUGGGUGGUCAUCCUCAGCGUCUGCAUCACCGUCCUCUGUGUCUUCGACCCCACGGGCCGCACCUUUGUCAAGCUAAGAGCCACCAAGAGGCGGCAGCGCAACCUCCGGACCUACAACCUCCGGCACCGCUUAGAGGAGGGUCAGGCCACCAGCUGGUCGCGCCGGCUCAAAGUGUUCCUCUGCUGCACUCGGACGAAGGACUCCCAGUCACAAGAGAUGCUCCGCUACAAAGAGGUCUGCUACUACAUGCUAUUCGCUCUGGCCGCCUACGGGUGGCCCAUGUACCUGAUGCGGAAGCCUGCCUGUGGCCUCUGCCAGCUGGCUCGGUCCUGCUCGUGCUGCCUGUGCCCUGCGCGGCCCCGCUUCGCCCCGGGAGUCACCAUCGAGGAAGACAACUGCUGUGGCUGCAACGCCAUUGCCAUCCGGCGCCACUUCCUGGACGAGAACAUGACCGCGGUGGAUAUCGUGUACACCUCCUGCCACGACGCGGUCUAUGAGACCCCCUUCUACGUGGCAGUGGACCAUGACAAGAAGAAGGUGGUGAUCAGUAUCCGGGGAACCCUUUCCCCUAAGGAUGCGCUGACAGACCUCACUGGUGACGCUGAGCGCCUCCCUGUGGAGGGGCACCACGGCACCUGGCUGGGACACAAGGGAAUGGUCCUGUCGGCUGAGUAUAUCAAGAAGAAGCUGGAGCAGGAGAUGGUCCUGUCCCAGGCCUUUGGGCGAGACCUGGGCCGCGGAACCAAACACUACGGCCUGAUUGUGGUGGGCCACUCCCUGGGUGCAGGCACGGCUGCCAUCCUCUCCUUCCUUCUGCGCCCCCAGUACCCUACCCUCAAGUGUUUUGCCUACUCCCCACCAGGGGGCCUGCUGAGCGAGGACGCCAUGGAAUACUCCAAGGAAUUUGUGACAGCUGUGGUUCUGGGCAAAGACCUUGUCCCCAGGAUCGGCCUCUCCCAGCUGGAAGGCUUCCGCAGACAGCUCCUGGAUGUCCUGCAGCGAAGCACGAAGCCUAAAUGGCGAAUUAUUGUGGGGGCCACCAAAUGUAUCCCCAAGUCGGAGCUGCCUGAGGAGGUGGAGGUGGCCACGCUGGCCAGCACGCGGCUCUGGACCCACCCCAGCGACCUGACCAUCGCCCUGUCAGCCAGCACCCCUCUCUACCCACCCGGCCGCAUCAUCCACGUGGUCCACAACCACCCAGCAGAGCAGUGCUGGUAG